AGUAGAAGAAGGCCGAGAAGUAGAGAGAGAAAGCAUGGUGAUGAGUACAGUGAUAUUCGCGGCAGCGGCGGCAGCUUUGGUGGUGGCGAUAAUGGUGAGAGAGUGGAGAAAAAGGAAAGAGAGAGAGUCGGGAGUGAAGGGCAGUUUGGGGUGGCCGUUCAUCGGAGAGACUCUCGAAUUCAUUGCCUGCGCUUACUCUUCGACACCGGAGAGCUUCAUGGACAAGCGCCGCCUCUUGUAUGGGAAUGUGUUCAAAUCUCACAUACUAGGGAGCAAGACCGUGAUAUCGACGGAUGCGGAGGUGACACGUGUGGUGUUACAAAGCGAUGGACGGACGCUAGUGCCCUUCUACCCCGCGUCUCUCACUAAGCUCAUGGGAUCCUCGUCCAUUCUUCUCAUCAACGGUCCACAGCAAAAGAGACUCCACGGCCUACUUGGGUCCUUCCUCAAGUCGGCCCACAUCAAGGCCCAAAUCACCCAAGACAUUCACUCCUACGUUUCUCUCUCUAUGUCUAAUUGGAAGGAAGGCCACCUCGUCUACAUUCAAGACCUAACCAAAGAUAUUGCAUUUCAAGUACUAGUGAAAGCACUUAUCAGCCUCGAUCCGGGCGAAGAAAUGGAAUUUCUAAAGGAACAAUUCAGAGAGUUCAUCGCCGGUUUAAUCUCUCUACCGAUAAAUCUACCGGGAACCAGACUCUACAGAUCAUUACAGGCCAAAACGAAGAUGGUGAAAGUGGUGCUGAAGAUACUUGGAGAGAGAAAAGAGCAUGGUCCUACUUCUCCUCCAAAAGACGUGAUCGAUGUGCUUCUAAGUGAGAAGAUGAGUGUUGAUGUGAUAUGUGACAACAUGAUCGAUAUGAUGAUCCCUGGAGAAGAUUCAGUUCCCAUCCUCAUCACCCUCGCCCUCAAAUACCUCACUGAUUCUCCUCUUGCCCUCCAACAAUUAUAUUUAGAAAACAUGGAGUUGAAGAGGCGCAAAGCACAAGAAGGCCAGCAACCGUGUUGGAACGACUACAUAUCUUUGCCAUUUAUGCAAAACGUUCUAAGUGAAACUUUGAGAAUGGGGAACAUAAUAACAGGAGUUAUGCGCAGAGCAGUGACAGAUGUGGAGAUCAAAGGCCACUUAAUACCGAAAGAUUGGUGCGUCUUUACGUACUUUCGAUCAGUUCAUCUCGACGAUGAAAUUUACGAGAAUGCACACCAAUUCAAUCCAUGGAGAUGGCAAGGAAAAGAUACAUGCACCAAUAACUUUACUCCUUUUGGUGGUGGGCAAAGGUUAUGUCCUGGUGUGGACCUGGCCAGGCUCGAAGCUUCCAUCUUCCUUCACCACUUUGUCACGAACUACAGGUGGGUUGCAGAGGAGGAUUCGGUCGUCAACUUUCCGACUGUGAGAAUGAAAAAUAGAAUGCCAAUUAGGGUCACUAGAAGACCCCAGUAUUGCAUUUGCUGAUAGGCGAGAGAGAAAGAGAGCUUUCCUUUUUCUUGAUUUUGUUUUUAGGGUGGGAAAAGAGAGAACUCAAAGAAAUCCAUGAGAGAGAGAGGUUCCAAGGUCAAGUGUUGCAACAAGACAAGCUGACAGCAAGAUCCGACCUUUUGUGUAUAUAUUAUUAUUCAAAACAGUUUAAAUUGAUAUAGCAGUCAGAUUGGGUAAUGUGUAUUGCCCUAGUUUCCCUCUCUCUUUGGCAGGUGAGAGCCAACAAUAAAGGGGGAAUCCACAACCUGCACCUUGGUGUAUAAUAGUAUUCAUCCAAGAGCGAGAUAUACAUAUUGUAAUAAGAAGGAUUAUUUCAUUGGCUCCUCAAGCCUGAAAGUGUCAAGAUACAUAUUAAAUGUACAGUUCUCCUCCGCCUGAUAAUACAUACCUUUUUCUUUGUGAGCCCAAAGAGUAAAUGACCAAAG